UCUCUAUUCGUUGAUUCAAUGCCAGUACCAGCCAGCCAACGACCAAGAACAGGAGAGAUGUACGUUUGUCAUCUUAGUAUUCAUUACAUAGGCGAUUACCCUUCUCUGUCUGUUGCAUUUAGUGACCUGCGUAUGUGCUGUGUAUUCUUCCAAGGUUUCUGCUAUUUGCCCAACUGGGAACACCAACUAAAGCAAAGCAAAGACAAUAUACAAGUUUCAUUGGAGAUAUUGGUUUGCAUAGCAACCUGGUGAUGACUUGUUUAUAUUCAUGUUUCAAAAAGAAGGGAGCUUCCCCACCUAGACAUACGACAGAAGUUGAUGAUGUGGUUUCAAGCAUUCAGAACACAACCUUGUACACUUAUAGAGAAUUGCGAAUUGCAACUGAAAAUUUUACUCCAGCCAAUAAAAUUGGAGAGGGAGGUUUUGGUUGUGUAUACAAGGGAAGUCUCAAAGAUGGGACUGUGGCUGCCAUAAAGGUACUAUCAGCUGACUCAAGGCAAGGACUGCGGGAAUUCUUGACAGAAAUAAAGUUAAUUGCAGAUAUAGAGCAUGAUAACCUGGUUAAGUUGUAUGGUUGUUGUGCUGAAGAAAAUCAUAGAAUUUUGGUCUAUGGCUACCUUGAGAAUAACAGCCUUGCGCAAACACUUCUAGGUGGAAGCCAUAGCAGCAUCCAGUUCAGUUGGCCAACAAGGCGUAAAAUAUGCAUUGGUGUAGCUCAGGGGCUUGCAUUUCUUCAUGAAGAAGUCCAGCCACAUAUUGUUCAUAGAGACAUUAAAGCAAGCAAUAUACUCCUUGAUAGAGACCUCAUGCCCAAAAUUUCAGAUUUUGGUCUUGCUAAGCUUUUCCCAGCCCAUAUGACCCAUAUAAGUACACGUGUUGCUGGAACUGCAGGUUAUUUGGCACCUGAAUAUGCUAUUCGAGGCCAGUUGACAAGGAAAGCAGAUAUAUACAGUUUUGGGGUUCUACUCCUGGAGAUUGUUUGUGGGAGGGCCAACACGAACAGGCGGUUACCCCCAGAAGAGCAAUAUCUUCUUGAAAGGGUAUGGCAAAUGCAUGUGAAAGGAGAACUGGUGAGUCUGGUAGACACAUCAUUGAAUGAGGAUUAUGAUGCAGAAGAAGCUUGCAGAUAUCUGAAGAUUGGUCUUCUUUGCACACAAAACAUGCCAAAACUCAGGCCAACUAUGUCUACUGUGGUAAAGAUGCUAAGGGGUGAGAUCGAUGUGAAUGAUGAUAAGAUAUCAACUCCUGGAUUGCUUUCUGAGUUCAUGGGUGUCAGAAGUGACAAAGACCACAAAGAUAAAGCUAAAGUAAAGAACUCAUCUUACACAGACUCUGCUGGUUCAAGUAAGCUGGAAAUUUCAUCUUCAUCAUCAGCAAUGGCCACCUCACAUGCUACUAUGACCUUCAAUUCCAUAUAUGAUCGAAGCAAUUGACUUGUGGCAUUUUGAAGUUUCUUUUUUCCCCCAUUUUUCCUUUCUUUUCUUUUCUUUUUUUUUUUUUUGAGAAAAUAGCAUUGGAUUUGAAGUUUCUUUUUUCCCCUAUUUUUCUAUUUUUAGUUUUUGUUUUUAUAGAAAAUAGCAUGGUAUAUUAUGCUUUAAAGCAGGAAUUUCCCUAGAAAGUACUAACAUGUACUUCACUGUUUUGUUUUCCCUUUUCUUUUUUCUUGUCGGUUUAUUAUUAAGGUUUUCCUUGUAAAUUUUUUUUUGUAUAACAAAAAAAUAAAGUGGACCCUUUUUUUUUA